AAUCUAUCUAUGCCGACGCAGUCUCACAUGAGAACUGCACCUGGUAUCGUGCGUCAAGACAAUUGUGCGUGGUUCUGGCCAUGUCUAGUAGUUUUCCGUGUUGACCUUAAAAUAGGUGCCCACGAACAGCACUUGCCACAACAGUGCGGUAAUGGCUAUAUGGGUGCUCUUUGGUGUUUGUGUAGAUUGGCCUGACCUUCACAUGGCUUCCAAGUGCACCUAGUCUGGCACGAGUGCCCUGGUGACAUCUCUUGUCACUUGGCAGCGAAUGGCAGCUGUUGUUAUUGAUGCACAGGGUGCGUGUUGCUUGUGUGUCUGGUCGCACAAGUUUGUAUUUGUCAAUGUGUGCUCGUGUCUUUCAGUAUGUCUGUGUACGUAUACACGCACGUGUCUCUGCUGUAUCUGUCUAUGUGGCUGUGUCAGUAUGUCCAUGUGUACCUCUUGUGUGUCAGUACGUCUGUGUUGGUGUACCACUGUGUGCGUGGGAGCGGUAGUGUCGCGGUUAGCGCGCUGCGCUACGAAACCGGCGACCCGAGUUUGAUUCCCGCUCACCGGUCCUGGUCCUCCGCUAGGUUGCUUCGGCCUUAAAUUAAUACCCGGUGCGGUGCAUAAAUAUCGCUAUUGGGGAGACAAAGUUGGCUGAGAGUGGUCCUUGCCCCUAACAGUGCUAUAUGGGGGAAUCCUUGUCUUUGGGGAGGGGUCCAGUUCUAUGAUUUGCAGUGCGUGUUCUGCACCUCUGCUAAGAUAAGGCCGAGCUUGCACGGAAACACACCCCACUCUCAUCGUCACCUUUUUAGAUUCGUCUUUACUGUUUGCGUGCAAAAAUACACCUCUUUUGCAGGAGCACACUUGUAAGUGAUGAUUUAGCAGUUUGCUGCCAACAGGACAAACAUGUUUACCACCACUGCUCACUCUGAAGCUGGGCACGUUGGCGGUUUCAAAGCAAUCUCCGGUGCCUUAUCGAUAAUGAUCAGGCACGUUGCGUUGCAUCGAUCCGUCAAUUGAAAUUGAUUCUUGCACUCUUGAUACAUGCAUCGUAUUAUACAUGCGAGAAACUGUUAUUUAUGCUCCAUGCAUUUGAUACGCGGAUGUUGCUGAUGUGACCAUUCAGGCGAAUGGAGCGAACAAAAUUGCCAAAAUCGAGCUGAUACGAACAACAGACGAUACAAACGAGAUGAUAACAAGGAGGCAAAAAACAUGCUCGGUCCUCGAAUUGAAUCGCAGCCCUCGAAUGAGUCCUGACGAUGACUGGAAUCGCUGUGGCGAGGGAUUAAAAUUUCAUCCCAUCGAAAAUUCCCGUGACACGUCUAAUGACGACGAUGAUCACCGAUGACCGCGCAGGCAAUCCCCGGCUGUCGGUGGAGGAGCGCGGCGAUGGCAGUCGCGGUGAGCCCUUGCCCGCCGCUCAGCGAGCGGCUAUAUUUAGUCGACUCUUUCGGUGGAACUUGGCCCGUGCCAACGUCGCCUCGGAGUUCACCCGACUGGAAGCGGCCGUGGAGCUCGCAAUAUUUAUUUAUUUUCCCCCCCCACAAACUUGCCACGUUGGCAUUUCAGCGCUGGCAAAAAUAGACGGGAGGGGGGGAGAGUCUUUUUAAACGUCCCUCCAAGCCAAAUACCGAACGACCCAGCCAGCGCACCAUUCAUCAACGCCGGGCUCCGCAAAAGUGCCUUGGGCUGCCAUCGACAGUUAGACUCCGACGACGCGUCGGAGUCUAACUCGCUAGCGCCGUGAGACUCAUCGGGAGGUUUUGAGCUGCACUCCAGUUUCUACGCCGAGCUCCGUUGAGCCGAUCUCUCGCCGUGGAGGGCACGAGCGGUCAAGGGGGCGCGGCGUGCACAGAGGAAAACGUUGUCUUUUUCCGGAUUCCAAGAUGCAUCCGAAACUUGUGUUUUAAAAUGGACGGAGAAGAAGGCCCUUGCUGCUCGCGAAGACCCUGUAAACUCGAGCGAAGAUGUGUGACGAGGAGCUCAUCUUCCACUUUGACGAGAAGGAGGGCUCGCUGAGGAAGCCGCGCGAUCGCCCGCCGCAGAAACCCGCCGGGGAGAGCGACGACGAAGAUGGGGACGAGUACUUCCGGAUUUGCCCGAUCACGGAGAUCCAGGUCCUGGACAAGAGCUCCCCGCAGCACGUGAAGCCGCCGGCCCAGGUCUCCACUGGCCCGGCCGCCAACUCCCCCCGGCCCAAGGUCUCCCCCCGCGUGCGGGAUGGCAUGAGAAAAUCUGGUUUGCAGCAGGGCCGGGAGGCAUGGCGGCAUGCUGUGGAGAAGGCCAAGCACAUGCCGGACCCCUGGGCUGAGUUCCACCUGGAGGAGAUUGAGACGGAGGUGGCAACGCGAUUCAGGUACAACGCGCUGACGUCAAAGUGGGUGGAGGAUGAAGUUUUCAUGAAAAUGGCAAAGCAGCCGUUUGGUCGCGGUGCGAUGAGGGAGUGCUUUCGGACCAAGAAGCUGUCCAACUUCGCGCGUCACCAGCAGUGGAAGGCGGCGUCGAACUACGUGGUCAAGCGCUACAUGGAGCCAGUGACGCGCGACGUGUACUUCGAGGACGUGCGGCUGCAGAUGGAUGCCAAGCUGUGGGGCGAGGAGUACAACCGCCACAACCCGCCCAAGAAGGUGGACAUCAUGCAGGUGUGCAUCCUGGAGCUGAAGAACCGAGCGGACAAGCCGCUGUUCCACCUGGAGCACUACAUCGAGGGCAAGUACCUCAAGUACAACUCCAACUCGGGCUUCGUGCGCGACGAGAACAUGCGCUGCACGCCGCAGGCCUUCAGCCACUUCUCGUUCGAGCGCUCGGGUCAUCAGCUGAUCGUGGUGGAUGUGCAGGGCGUGGGCGACCUUUACACCGACCCCCAGAUCCACACCUACCAGGGCACCGAUUACGGCGACGGCAACCUGGGCGUGCGUGGGAUGGCCCUCUUCUUCCACUCGCACGUGUGCAACCGCAUCUGCAAGAGCAUGGGGCUCACCCCCUUCGACCUCUCGUCCGACGAGCGCAGCGCGCUGGAGCAGUCGCUCAAGCUGCUGCAAUCGUCGAAGACGGUGCUGCGCGGCUGCGAGGAGGUGUGCGGGAGCCCCCGCGUGCGCUCGCUGUCGGACGGGCGACCCCCGCGCCUGCCCCGCCUCUCCGAGUCGUCCGUGACGCCCGAGGAGUCGCCGCGCUCCUCGCUCUCCUCGCUGCACGGCAUGCACAUGUCGUUCAGCCCCCCCGAGCACCUGCUAGGCCGCUCGCCCAUGGGGUGGACCUCGGUGUUUGACGAAAUCGACAACAGCCCCGAUCAAGAUGGAGACCGCGAGAGAAAGGUGUCAGAGAACAACGGCGACAGUGGCUGCCCCAGCGAGAGGAAGAGCGAGUCGGAAGGAGACACGCACGACCAGAAACCGGUGAACAGGAUGAAGAGACAGAGCGAGUCGGAUGAGGAUUCUGUUCGGCGGGACUUCCGCUGCAGCAUCAAGUGGGACAACUUCCACGCGUCGCGCGCCCACUGCCACCGCCCGUCCAGCGUCUCCAUGGAGGUGAACCGCCUGCAGAACCUGGAGAUGCAGGGCAAGAUCGGCAAGUCCGUCCUCGGCAAGGUGCACCUGGAGAUGGCCAAGUGCCACGAGGCCGGGCGCUUUGGCGAGAAGGAGGCGCCGUGGGACCGCGAGGCGGCGCUCUUCCACCUGCGCCACGCGGCGCUGUGCGGCGAGAUGGAGGCCAUCCUGGCUCUCGCUCGCAUCCACCUGCAGCUGCCGCACGACGUGCUCGUCGAGUUCACCAUGGAGGAGUCUGAGGAGAACACCACGCUCGGCUUCGCCUUCAUGUUGGAGGCGGCCGAGGCCGGCGACCGCCACUCCAUGCUGUUCGUGGCGCGCGCCUACGACACCGGCACCAACCUGGGCCGCGGCAGGAAGCAGGACUGGCACGAGGCGCUGCGCUGGUACGAGGCGGCGCUCAACAUGACGGAGUACGACGAGGGCGGCGAGUACGACGGCACGAGCGACGACCCCAGCUACGUGCUGCUGGCGCGCCAGGCCGAGAUCUACAUGGCGGGCGGGCACGGCGUCGCCUGCGACCCCCAGAAGUCGGGGGAUCUGUUCACCAGCGCGGCCGAGGCGGCCAUGGAGGCGAUGAAGGGGCGGCUCGCGAACCGCUACUACGAGCUGGCGGAGGAGGCGUGGGCCGGCGUCGAGGAGUGAGGAGUCGGAGGACGGCUUUCAUCCAGGGUUGACGCUGGCGCUGGCAGGCCAGCGUGACCGCUGCAGCCGGGUGGUGGUGUGGUGAGCGGUGUGUGCGCAUGGUGAGUGAGCGGUGUGUGUGGUGAGCGGUGUGUGCGCAUGGUGAGCGGUGUGUGUGGUG